AUGUCGGACUCCCCCCAAUCUGCUUCGAAGGAUGUCGACCAAGGUGUACCGUCACCCGACGAGGAAGGACAAAUGAACGACCCCCAAGACCCACACUCUGGCGGGCUCACCUAUGAGUUUGAGGUAAAAGAGCAAGACAGGUGGUUGCCCAUAGCCAAUGUCGCCCGAAUCAUGAAGAACGCUCUGCCUGAAAAUGCCAAAAUCGCAAAAGAGGCCAAAGAAUGCAUGCAAGAGUGUGUCAGCGAGUUCAUCUCCUUCAUCACCAGCGAAGCUUCCGAGAAGUGUCACCAGGAGAAACGCAAGACAGUCAAUGGUGAGGACAUUUUGUUUGCCAUGACAUCGCUCGGCUUUGAAAAUUAUGCCGAGGCGCUCAAAAUCUAUCUCUCGAAGUAUCGCGAACAACAAUCUCAGACAAACAGAGGCGAGGGUGGACAGGGUGCACGCCCUAGCAGUGCCUAUGGCGGCCAGCCUCCCACAGGUGCUGGCAGCUUCCAGGCUGAGGCUUCCGGUAACAUUUUGGGCGCGCAACCCGGAGAAGGCGGUGCGGAUGCCUCAAACUACAUGUAUCCUCCGCAGUCCGGCCACAAUGGUGCUGGAGCUGGCGAGGGCUACUAA